UCUGCAAUUCGUAACCGCAAUGCGCUAGAUGUUAUUUUAAGUUACGUUUGAAAACAGUUUUGAUCGUAAACCCUUGAAUUUUUGAUCAUGUGUAAAUGCAAAAAGUAAUAUUUUCUCAGUGAAAUAUAUGUUGUUAGUGUGAAAUAUUAACGAGUGGUAGGUGUAUUGUUACAAGCAAUAUAGAUGACUGAUAAUAAUUUGUGUAUGAAUUAUUCAAAUGGAUAUACAUGUACAAAUGAUCCGCACAUCUCUGAAACGACCAACCGAUACCGAAGGAGAAGUGGAGCUUUCUCAUAUGAAGAAGAAACACAAAAACCUUCAACCUAAGAAUGCUGUAUGUGCUCUAAAUGAACUCAAAUCUGGAGCUGUUUACAAAGUUGUUUCUCAAUCUGGUCCUACACAUGCACCAAUAUUUACUAUUGCUGUUCAGAUUGACGGACAAAUUUACGAAGGUAAAGGGCGUACAAAAAAGAUGGCAAAACAUGCCGCAGCAGAACUUGCAUUGAGAAAUAUUGUUCAAUUCAGAAAUACUCCUGAAGUUCAUCAAGCAAUUACUUUAGCUCUUCCAAAUUUUACUGCAGAACCUGAUUUUACUAGUGAUAUUACAGAAAAGGAUAUGAUAAAUACAUUCAAAACGUUACCUCAGGAGCCUAAAAGUACAAAUAAAUAUUUCGAUAAGGGUCCCGUAGCUUUAAUUAAUGAACUCUAUCCGGGAGUUGUAUAUAAAUGUAUAUCAGAUACAGGUGAAAGCUAUUCUAGAUUUACCGUGGCUAUAACAAUUGAUGGAGAAACUUUCGAAGGAACAGGACCAAGUAAAAAAUUAGCUAAGGCCGCGGCGAGCAAAGCGGCACUUGCUAAAUUACGAAAUGUUCAUAGUACUCUAUUUUAUAUGCCAGUUUCACUUAAAGUGCUACCGAAUUAUGUGAAUUCUGGUCAGUGGCAAGAGCGAAUGAGUUUACCACAAACUUUAGCUGAUAAGAUAGGGAAGUUAGUGAAUCAAAAAUUCACAGAAUUGAUGCAAAAUAAACCACAGCAUGCUCGACGUAAGGUUUUAGCGGGUAUUGUUCAAACAAAAGGAUCAGAUACCGAGCUGAUAUGUGUUACUACUGGAACAAAAUGUAUAUCUGGAGAACAUCUAAGUGUAAGUGGAAGAGCUCUCAACGAUUGUCACGCAGAGGUUAUAGCUAGACGUUGUUUAUGUGAAUAUCUAUAUAAACAAUUAGAAUUACACACGGAAUGCUUAGAAGAGGAAUCUAUUUUAGAACAUAAAAAGAAGGGAUACAAACUGAAAGAUGGAAUCCAGUUCCACUUGUAUAUCAACACAGCACCGUGCGGAGAUGCUAGAAUUUUUUCUCCCCAUGAGGAUAAUGAUUCCGUAGAUAAACAUCCAAAUAGAAGAGCUAGAGGUCAAUUACGAACGAAAAUUGAGUCUGGCGAAGGAACUAUACCUGUGAAAAGUAGUGAAGGUAUUCAAACUUGGGACGGAGUUUUAAUGGGUCAAAGAUUAUUGACAAUGUCGUGUUCUGAUAAAAUUGCGCGAUGGAAUGUUCUGGGUAUACAAGGAGCUCUUCUCAGUCAUUUCAUUGAACCAAUAUAUUUUCAAAGUAUCGUUCUCGGAAGUUUGUUAAAUCCCAGUCAUAUGUACAGAGCCGUAUGUGGACGAAUCGAAAAUACAAUUCAAGGUUUACCACCGCCAUACAGACUUAAUAAACCUCUCAUGAGUCUCAUAACGUCUUCAGAGGUUAGACAACCUGGGAAGGCUCCUAACUACAGUGUUAAUUGGACUGUUGGACAGUCAGAAGCUGAAGUUAUCAAUUGUACUACAGGUAAAGAUGAACUUGGAAAACCGUCCAGACUUUCGAAGCAAAAACUUUUCGGAAAAUUUUAUAGUCUACUGGGGAAACUUGACACAAUUGAUGACGUGGAUAUCUUAAUCUGUCAUAAUUAUUUAGAUGCUAAAGCUUCGGUUCAAGAUUAUGCGAUUCACUGUGUCUCCAGAAAAUAUAAGACAGUAUCAAAAUUGUAUUAAAUAUAACUUGAGCGAGAAAAAAGUAUUUGGAUAUACAAGAUGUGUUAAAACAGAAACAAUGAUUGAUGACUUGAAAGAAUAUUUGAAUUUAGAUGCUAAAGUCGAUUUUUUAUGCAAGACUUACCACACAGUUUUUACGUCGAAGAAAAAAAUCUCUGCUGCAGACAAUUUAGACAAUAAUUGCAAAUAUAAUUAUCGCAAUGCCAUCGUUAUCUCUUAGUCAACUAUCUAAUUUUCCUCUACAAGUUCCUCUUAAAAUACUGACUUGAUAGACCCUUCUGUAUCAUUUAUUGAAAAAAAAGAUAGAAGAGAAAGAUACAGCGAAUUUACUUAUAGAUAUGUGUGUUGCCACAUAUAAAUAUUAUUUUAUACAGAAAACGUUAAAAAAUUGGCACAGUAUCAUUUGAAGCCCGGUUGUAAAUUCAUACAAUGAAAAACAUUUUAGUUCUCACUACUAAUGAAUGUUGCAAAAAUUAUUUUAGUAAAAACCGUUUCUAUGAAGAAAAUAUACAUUGUAUUACAGUAAUAUCUAAUUUCAGCAGCAAAAAUUUCAGAAAUAUUCACACUUUUAUAGAAACUCAGAAUUGAUGUUGACAAGGAGCUGACAGAUAAAAUUGGAGAUUUUCGUUACCUAAAAGUUAUCUUAUGUUAUUGACGGGUUUGAAAUGGAAAAAUAUUUUCAUACUACGCGAAAUAAUGACAUCGUUUCGGAAUUCAAAUUCUCGAAAUAUUACUAAUCAAGAUUAUUUAAUUAAAAAUCACAUAGUCCUAGUAGCAAAUAAAUAAACAGUAUUAUUGCAUGAUAUAAGUGAUAAAUAAUUAUCUUUAGUAUACAAUAGUGUAUUUUAUGUAUAAAAAAAUACAAAUAAUGAAUACCAGCGGAAGUCUUACUCAGGACAAAAAGACACCGCUAUGCAAAUCAUUUAUAAUUUGUACAACCAAUGAGUACGUGUUGGGAGCCUACUAUGUAAAUGAUAAUGAUACUCAAAUUUGCACAGAAAUUUUUGAUGAUUCUGAAGGUUUAGUUAAACUUUUGAGACCACGUAAUAAGUUUUUUAUGGAUAGAGGUUUCGGAGAUGUUAUUGAUAAGUUAAUUAAAUUUGAAUAGAAGACGCUCAUAUCUACGUUAAAAAGUCAGCAAAAGCAACUGCCUACCGCGGAAGCGAAUAAAGCAAAUAAGUCAUGCAUGGCAACAAUGAUAUGUUGAAUCGUUAAAACAGUGUAUAGCAUAAUUUGUCAAAAAUUCAACCAUCUAUACAAUCAAUCAAAUAACAAAAUAAUUCCAAAUAUAAGAAGCUACUGCCGAAUUGCUUGUUUUUUUAUUAGCAUUUUUUGAAAAAGAUUCGUCUUUAAUAUUUCCAGUAAUGAAAAAGUAAUUGCUUCCAUAAAAAUCGUAAAGAAUUAGCAACCGUUUGGCAGAAGAAGCAAAGUCUGUAAGACAGAGUAGAUAGAGAACUAAAUUCGAAUAGCUUACUUGAGAAGAACUUUUAGAUUUUUCAAAAUAAUGGAAUAGGACUAGAAGAGUUUUUUUGGCUGUGAUACAUCAGUUUGGAUAAACAAUUGGUUAUCUAGCUGAACUGAUGGAUAAGGAAUACAAAGUCCAAAUUACUUAUUGUGGAGGAUGAUUUUGGAGAAUUUAGGUCGUGCACGUAAAAUCUUUCUACCACAGGGCUUAGGGUGACUCAUUUCCCCGACUAGAUUUUCAGAAUCGCUAGAUCAUUGUUUCGGGGUACAACGGUCGUUAGGAAUUUUUGCCACCACGUAAUUUUCGCGAUGGCGAGCAGCACUUUGCUUACUUUAUUUGCUGCGACUUCGUCCUAGUAAAUACGUUUCUUUCGCCUGGUCCUCUUCACAACUGUGUGAUUCGAUGUUUGAUAGAAAAAUUGACAAGCGGCGUUAUUCCACAAAAGAAGAUCAUCAUCCUCUCCUUCUUCCGAAAAGAAGUCGGUUUAUUGGUUCAUAUGCAAAUUCGGAAAUUAGCAACGCUCACUCAUUAUCUGCUACCACAUCGCUAUGUACCCUCUCUCACUCCGUACUAAGUCGACCAGCAUUGAUUAAUGUAUAAGAUCUACUUCUACUCUUGUCGAAUUUUCGAUACGGAUGGAAAUAAAAGUUCAUUUUAAUUUGUCUCCUAGUCUAUUACAUUCAUGAUGUCACUAGCGCAUUUUGUCAGAAAUUAAAAUUUCGUCAGCUAACUAUGUCGAUAUUAAUGAUUUUGAUAAUUAUCACUUUCAAGUACAUAUACAGCAUUUUGUUUUAAAGGUUGCAUAUGUGUUUUCAUAUUUUCUUUUCGCGGUUAUGUAUAAUAAUUCACAUAAUUAUUUUAGCUAGGUGUUUUUCAUUAUUAUUAUUGGCAACUUUUCUAUUCGAAGCGUCCUCACAAUCGAAUUUGUGUUUACAUUAUUAUUCCUAUUUAAUUUCUAGUUCGCUCGUCAUUAGGCGUCAAUUUACAUUUUACUCGUAUCCAUUCGCAUGCGCGUAUAAUGAAUUCAAAAUAUGUCGGUCAGUUACGUGCGCACGCCUGUAGUUAUUCGAUCUCUUUCUUUCUACUUCGUUCUCUCACUCUCUCUCUCUCUGUCUCUCUAGCUCGCGCUCCUUCUCUUUUUACAUUCUAUCCUGUCUAUUGCGGGUCAUCAAAGUAACUACUACCUUUCGUCCACGUGUGCUUUGUUCUCGGUACCGGUGCUAGUUUUUGCUUCUUAGAGCGCUGGAGCUCCAGUUGCGCAGCUCCAGUCGCGCAGAUCUAGUGUGUGUAUGUGUAUGUAAGCGGGGAACAAGGAUUUUCCCUACGUAGUGGCAGCAGGGCGCUCAGAGCGCCGUUAUCAUCCGCGAGUAGCCGGCAAUCAGCUGAUUGCCGGCUGCUUAUUUCCAUUGGUUGUGGCAGUGGUUCCGGUGACUGGGCGCUAAAAGAGAGUGUGUAUAGUGUGCAAGUGUCCGGCGCGUUAAUUUUCCUUCCCGUCUGCUCAUUUUUUCGCCGUUUUCUGUGAACUGACAUGCAUGUUUGUGUUUGUGUGAACGCGGUAGUCGCGCGUUUGCGUCGCCUUUUCUAUUGUUUUCGCUCGGGUUUCCAUUUUUCCGCAAUCACAUGGUCGGUUCGCGGGUGUAAAACUCACCGGUUGUCUACUGUGAUUAUCGCCGUUUUUUCAUUUUAUGACGGUGUCAGUGCGUGAUAGUGUGCGUGAACUUCUUAAUUUUCUCUCUUUCGUUGACUGCCUUCAUUGUUUUGGCCUGUUGUUGAAUUUCGUCACCGGCUUGUAACGUUGUUUCCUCAGGCGUGAAUGGGUCGAUUUUCGUGAAACGAAAUGUUAUAGAUUCAUGAGUUGACGGUCUAAAUUAUUCAUACGGUAACGUGACAGGGAAAAAGUCAGUGGUCGAUCUAAUAGUGAUGCAUUAUAUCACAUUAUCUAAAGAAAUUUUAAACUAUAAUUUAGAUUCAAGUUCUCGUCAUGUAUCUGCAGAAAAAUAUAACUAUUUUAUAAAAUAUAAAGUAAACUAAAUAAGAUCGGGCAAAAUCAAACGAUAGUUCGGAAAAUGUGCAAAUAGGAUGAGAACCAUUAGAUGCUGUUCACAUGUAGCAGUAAUUUAUUUUCUAUCUCAUGCUCGAUACUUUUAAAAACUUGUAAAGUCAGCUGAUAAAUUGACGCAAAUCUGUUAAAGGA